AUGUCGGUGUGCUUCCUUGUGCCUACGGAUCAAGAGGGUAAUGCUCCUGAAAUAGAAGAAAUUGAAGGAGAGAUUGAAGAGUCUCCAACAGUUCAUAUCCACACAACACUUAAUAAUUACUGGGCUAAAGUUAAUGAGGAUAUAAAGAAAAUAACUGCUGAUGACUUUAAAACACAAUCACUACCCCUAGCCCGCAUAAAAAAAAUUAUGAAAUUGGAUGAGGAAGUAAAAAUGAUAUCUGCAGAAGCCCCAAUAUUAUUUGCAAAAGCCUGUGAGAUAUUCAUUCAUGAGUUGACCUUACGGGCCUGGUCACAUACUGAAGACAAUAAGAGGAGGACCUUGCAGCGUAACGAUAUAGCAAUGGCAAUAUCUCGUUCAGACCAAUUUGAUUUCCUAAUCGACAUAGUUCCAAGACAAGAGAUAAAAUUCAACCGUGUCAGAGAGGAAACCCGAGUCAAUGCACCGUCUGAGCCUAUUAAUGUCCCAGUGCAACACACAUCUCCAGCUGCGAGUACACAAGUUGUGACACAACCUUGCACUCAAAUUGUUCAGCCGUCAACAAGUACGACGUCAGCGAGUAGCAGCAAUCAAGCCGUCACAUUGUUACAACAAGUCGUGAACUCAUCUGGAGAAGUACAACAUGUUCCUCUUAUCCUGUCACAAGCACAACUGACAAUGAUCCGCAUGCAGAUGCAGAACAACCCAAACGCGCCCAUCAUCCUCCAGGCCCAGUCGCAGACCCAACAGCAAGAACCACAACCCAUACAGCUAAUGCUGUCGCAAGCCCAGCUGAACAUGAUCCGUAUGCAGAUGCAAAAUAAUCCCAACGCGUCCAUCAGCAUACAGGCUCAACAACAGACCCAACAGCAGACGCCACAGAUUAUUCAGGUAUCAUCACAAGGUGCGCACGCGCCGCACCAAAUCUUUCUGGCACAUGUGUCGGGACAGGAAGAGUCCUAG